GGCGGCGGCGGUGGCGGCCGUGAUGCCCGCGGGCUGCCGGGGCUGAGCGCCGGGCCGGGAGCGGGCCCCGAACCCCGGGUGUGGCGUUCGCUGCUCGAGCGCGGCCAAAGCCAUGGCCACUUCCGCCGCCUCGUCGGAGCACUUUGAGAAAUUGCACGAGAUCUUUCGCGGCCUCCAUGAAGACCUACGAGGGGUGCCGGAGCGGCUCCUGGGGAGCGCAGGAACCGAAGAGAAGAAAAAGUUGAUAAGAGAUUUUGAUGAAAAGCAACAGGAAGCAAAUGAAACGCUGUCAGAGAUGGAGGAGGAACUCCGCUAUGCACCCCUGUCUUUCCGUAAUCCUAUGAUGUCUAAACUUCGAAACUACCGGAAAGACCUUGCCAAACUCCAUCGGGAAGUGAGAAGCACACCACUGACUGCACCUGGGGGCCGAGGAGACAUGAAGUAUGGCACAUAUACAAUAGAGAAUGAGCACAUGAAUCAGCUGCAGUCUCAGAGGACAUUGCUUCUUCAAGGAACGGAAAGCUUAAAUCGGGCCACCCAGAGUAUUGAGCGUUCUCAUCGGAUUGCCACAGAGACUGACCAGAUUGGCUCAGAAAUCAUAGAAGAGCUGGGGGAGCAACGUGACCAGUUGGAACGCACCAAGAAUAGACUGGUAAACACAAGUGAAAAUUUGAGCAAAAGUCGAAAGAUACUCCGUUCAAUGUCCAGAAAAGUGGCGACCAACAAGCUGCUACUUUCCAUUGUCAUCUUCCUGGAGUUGGUCAUCCUGGCAGGCUUGGUUUAUUACAAAUUCUUGCGCAAGCAUUGAAACCCUUCAGGGAAGUUUGUGGACCUGAACUUUGACCCUGUGAAUGAAUGGUGUAAAGAGAUGUGGAAUAAGCACAUUGCUGCUAUGAGCGAACAGUUCACGGAUGCACUCUGUGGCCGGACUGUGGGAGGAGGGAGGAAAGACGAAAAACCACUUAAAUGUGAAGAACAGCAACAAGACCAGUAUGCUAUACCAAGGUAAUAAAUGGUUUAUGACUUCUUUAAAUUUA